AUGAGUGGUGCCGAGGACAAUGAGCCACGUGUUCUGCGCUGGCAGGGCCCUCACCCGCUGCCAGAAAUACCAAACAAGAAUUUUGAAGUCUUUAUGCUGGAGGAGAUGGUCAGGCAUGGCGAUGCUGUUGCGUUGAUAGACGCAGAGACCAGGCAACAAAGGACUUACUCAGAGAUGUGUGAUCUGGUACCGCGAUUGUCGGCUGGCCUAGCGGCAGCAGGAGUGGGCGCAGGUGACCGGAUGAUCUACUAUUCCCACAACGACAUAGACUACCCGCUAUGGCUUCUCGCUUUCAUGCAUCGCGGAGCCGCGUUUGUGCGGCCAUCCCCGACUUAUGAAAACACGAAAGAUGACCUGGUGCACUGCACGCGGCUGGUUGGUGCUCAGUGGGCUGUAAUACAUGUCGACCUGCUAUCCACUGCGGAAGCUGCCUUCUCACUGCUGCCCCCUGACACUCUCAAGAAGAUUUGGGUGAUCGGUGGCGCUGCUGGAACGUCAGCCAUCGACGAUUUGGCGGCCCACGAUCCUUUGCCACCCGUGACCCAG